GGCGAGCCGCCGGCGGCGGGGGUGAUGUCGCCCGGGGUGGGAGGGAAUACCCGGGGCUCCAGCAUGAAGGCGCCCGUAAAAGAUGUGUGAGCAGGCUGCGCGCUACUGCCGGGAGAGCGUCCAGAAGCUGCUCCGCAGACAGCCGCCGCCGGCCGCCGGGCUGGACGGGCUGCUCCGCUGGGUCGUCACCAAGAUGAGCGAGAAGAGCAGCCUGCCCGACCGGGAGCUCCUCCAGCAGGCGGAGGAGGAGGGCGAGGAGGCGGCGGCCGGCGGCGGAGGCGCCUCCCCGCCCGGCCAGGACGGCUUCUUCGUGUCCGAGCAGAGGAAGGGCGCCUCCGUGAUCCUCGAUAUCUUCAGACGAGCUGACAAAAAUGAUGAUGGGAAGCUGUCCUUGGAGGAAUUCCAAGCCUUCUUUUCUGACGGGACUCUUAAUGAGGAAGAACUCGAAAAGCUUUUCCAUACCAUUGACUCUGACAACACUAGCAACGUGGAUACUAAGGAGCUGUGCGAUUAUUUUACUGACCACAUGGGAGACUACGAGGAUGUUUUGGCUUCGCUGGAGACGCUCAACCUUUCCAUUCUGAAGGCCAUGGGUUACACCAAACGGGUGUAUGAAAGAGGGACUAACGUGGACCAGUUCGUCACCCGCUUCCUGCUGAAGGAAACAGCCAAUCAGAUCCAGUCCUUGCUCAGCUCCGUGGAAAGUGCCGUGGACGCGAUUGAUGAGCAGACCAAUCAGAUAAGAAACUUGCACAGUAAAUCGGGCCAGAGUGCCGUGGAUACCUGGUAUGACAACCCUGUGCCUACCUAUCCUCCCAACAACAGAGUCAUGAACAAAGAACGCAGGAAAAGCUUCCAAACGGCUUCUUCAGACACCAAGGAAGAAGGCUUGGAAGCUCAGAUCAACCGGUUAGCAGACUUGAUUGGAAGGCUGGAAAACCAGACCCUUUGGUUUGACCUCCACCAACGAUUGUCGGACAGCGACAACACAGCCUGUGCGCAUCUCUUUUUGGUACGAACGGAGAUGAGCGUCUCCCAGAAGCACCUGGGAGAGUUCUGCGGCUCUCUCAAGCAGUACCUCAAGACUGUGGCCGGGGAACACGACUGCUUCCACGUCACUGCAGUGAGGCUCCCUGAUGGGGUCACUUUCAUUGUGUACGAGUUCUGGGAGACGGAGGAAGACUGGAAGAGGCACCUCCAAACUCCUGCUUGUAAAAGCUUCCAGCACAUCAAAGUGGACACACUGACUCAGCCCGAAGCAGUUUCCAGUGUGUCUGUGCCAGGUAUGGGGCCCAAGAGCUUGGCAAAUAAGGAGUUAAUUAAUGUAGAAAUAAUGUUUGCGCUAAGCUGUGCGGUAUUUGGGAAGCUUGUAGGGUACAACGUCGGUUUGGUUUCCUGCCUGGAACUUGUGCUGUUUCAGGGGGACUGGGUUGCCUAUCAUCCUUACUGUGGGGGUGCAGAAUAUUGCUCCAUGUUUUGUCAUGAGGCUGAAGAACUCGGGCAGAACAACCACUGCUAG